CCAGGACAAUCGAUGAUCAUCGAAUCAUAAUAAAUGAUGAGCUCCGCCCAUUAAUUUCAUUCCCACACGCUCUGGUGGUCAACACACAUAAACAUUUGCUUCUUGUAAGUCACUGCAUUUCCAACGGGAUUAGGGUAAAUGCUACCCGGGUGGCUCGGGCAUUGUGUUGAGUUAGAUUUAUGAAGGAACUGGUGUGUUCGUUUCAGGAUUUUGGGUCGAGACAGAAAGAGAGAGAUAGUCGGACAGAGAGGCAAAUCAGGAACUUUAUCUCUGUAGGGACCAGACUGCUAUUGCUUUUGGGUUUUCCCUCGAUCAAAAGCAGACAUUUCUGAUAUUCAUCAGCAAGGAUUCUCAUGUUUGCUGCCCCCACAGUGGCUGGCGUGGUGAGCGCCUGAUCCUGCCCCUAUGGCCCUCGCUUGAGGUCACAUUGGAAAGCUCCUCGCUCAUGCCAAGAUUGAUGGGGGAAAGAAGAAGCAGAAGAAGAAACAGUAUUGUCCUGUUCCACAAGCUGAGAAGAGCAGGUUGAAUACAUAUGUGCAGAUUAACAGCGCUACUUAGUGGUUCUCACCUACGUCUACAUAUCAGGAAACAAAGGAAUAUGCCGAUGAUGAGUCUGUAGGAGGAAGAUGAAGUGCACUGUGAUGUCAUAGAUUAUCCCGGUUACCUAGCAACCCCUCAUCACUCCAUCCAUCCCUUCAAUGGAUAUUAGGAUGGGGGCACUCGGUUGCUUGACACCAAGACUCCUGAAGUCAUCUCACACAAUGACGAGGAUGGUGCUCUUACUCCUCCUGGUGUGCGUUAUGGGCGGGGCUGGCUCGGUCUCCAUCACCGUGGGAACGUACAACAUCUGGAAUGUCAUGUUCAACUGGGAUGUCCGCAAGCACCACAUUGCUGAAAUGAUCAGAGCCGCAAACCUUGAUGUCAUUGGGUUCCAGGAGGUGAGGGCAGACGAAGACCCCAGCCUCCCCAAUCGGCGACGUCGAACCCAGGUCGAUGAACUCCAGGAGCUGUUGCUACCCGAGUACAAGUGGUCUACCUUCCAGCUGGGUCAUGACAUGCAUUCACCAAGAGAUGGCGCCCUUCAAGAAUGGCAGCAUGAAGGUCUAGCCCUUCUCAGCAGGCAUCCCAUACUCAAGUCUCAGAAACAGGACCUGUCCCACCACUCUAGGACCGACAAGAUCAAGAGGAAGGUCCUUCAUGUCACCCUGAUGGUCCGUGGGUACGAGGUUGUCGUCUCUGUGGUCCACUUCUCGUACGACAAGUGGCAGCAGUGUAACAAUGUGGCGGAGAUCAUGGAGUAUAUCCGAGAUGCGAAGCCCAACUACUCCAUCCUCCUCGGCGACUUUAACACCUACAAUGAUUACGAGGGUCCCCUGGAGGGGCUACAUCUGGGCUACUUCUCCUCACAGAAUAAGUGCCCCAAGUAUGCCAAAUCCAAGAACCCGACCGUCGAGUCGGAACUCACAGCCUACGACGAUGCUUGGAAGGUCAUGCACUACGGAGAAAAUGGUUUCACUUUCAGUAACAUGCCGUCCCCAGGCUUUGUGAGCAGGCCGGACAGAAUCCUUGCCAGCAAUCGCUACUUUAAGGUCAGCUCUGCAGAGCUCGACGGCUACGGCAACAUUUAUGCUAAAAAGUAUCAAAGAUAUAUCACCUCUGCAAGAAGGAAAGCCAUAAUAGAGGCAGGCAGAAGGACGUACUAUAGAGAAUCAGGAGGGGAUUGCUUGCACGACUGUGGUCCGAGCGGAUCGUGCCAAUGUGGCGUGUGUGUCAGGGGUGGAGACGGUCACUCCUGUUCGGUACCAGACUGCGAAGCGUGCAGCGCAGACCUUUACAGACUCUACUGCAUCGUCAGAAUCGUUUUUGGAGCUUUCACCUUGCAACUCUUUGUUGGUUUGAUCCAGACUGUACUCGCCGUCACCCAAGGUGGUUCCGUUCACAGACACAAAUCCCUGGCACGCUUCUGCCAGCUACCCCUCUCCGUUGCCCCACCGUCGUGGAGACACGUACGUCACCUCCAUCUUGCGUCGUGGGUACGCACCGUCCUGAGUUCGUGUCGUAACCUGGCUCUGGUCAAUCUCUCCAUCAGCCUUAUGGGGAUGUUCUCUCUGGUGGUGUUGUCGCAGUCCUGGUUUGAGGAACCGUUGCGACUUCUGGAAAGCUCGCUUCCGGAAGAGUUCAAUCCAUCUGAUCACCUCAUGGUUAUAGCAGAAUUGCAAUUCAUCUAGGGAAUAUGAAUGAUAGAAAUGCCUUUUCCCUACAGGUCAAGUUACUAAGAAUAGACAUAUUUUGUUCUUUGAAUCUAAAGUUUUCAGGGUUUUUUCUAUUUCUGUGUGAUAGAUAAGUGUGAUAGAUCAGCUGAAUCAUAUUGGACUACGCAAGAUGACCUACUUGUUACUUGCAUUUUAUGACAUGGAUUUGCAAAAGGGAAUACAAUAGUCAUUUCUGCAAAAUAAAGAAAGACUAAAAUCAUUAGUUAAACAGGAACAAAUAUCCCUUCUAAGUCAUAGAUUUGCAGAAUGGCAAAACAUUUCCUUCGUUCAUUGCUUUAUGUAAAGCAGAUUAAUUUUGUAAACUCUUUGUGAUUAUUUGGCCAAAAUUAUGACAUCUCAUUUCUGGUGCUAUAUCAAAGGUAAUUUGAUCUUACCUUGCCUGUUCUUGUGAAAUAGAAAGAUCUGCCACUCAUAAACAGCGUUGUGUAGAUUUUGCCAAAUUAGCCAGGAAACUGUUUAUGAGGUUUGUUAAAUUAGUUUGAUGAUUGAAUUUUUGAAUUAGUUUAUAUUCCAAAUUCAUUACCUUUUAAAUUUUGUUGCAACCUAUGCUGUUUUGUUGUCCUUAUAUGUUUCUUGUUUUCCUCAUAAAAACGUUAAGAAAGUUUAAUGAUUAAAUUUAAUAAUUACCCUCUGCAAACUAACGCAUUCCCCCUUAAACUCUACCAAUCUAGAUUAAGUAGCAGAUACUUAUUCCCUGAGUUUUAGAUAUCCCUUACUCAACUGAUGCAGCUGUAAACUAGCAUCAACAUGUCUUUCACACAAUUUGAAUGCAGGAUAAAGAUUUUAUUGCCUUUGGGCAUAUAUUAUAUAUAUUGACCUGUUUGAGAAUGAGACAUAUAAGCUGAUGAAAAAUGAUGUACUGAUAUUUUUUCUUUCUUUCAAUGCAUUUUCCUGUCAGAGAAACUUUCAUUUAGUUGAAUAAAUUGAUAAGAAUAUAUACAAUUUUUGUCAAAUCGAGAGAACUCUGUUUCAAAGAGUAUUUAUGAUGUAUAUUUAUGUAAAAUUCUUCAUGUUAUCAAAGACUUUUUAUUAUUAUAUAUUUGUAGGAAUUUCUAUACAAAUUAUUUGUACUGAAAUUGAACUUAUUUCUCAGCUGAUAUUUAUUGUACAUUCCAGAAACAGGAAAAAGUGUCUUUCCUUGAUAAGGGUUGAGAAACAAGUUGAAGGUGAUUUUUCUUGGUUUGGGGGAACUUCUGUCUAUCAGCAGAUGAUAUUGGACAUGUUAUUCUUGUUAUGACAACAUGAGUUAAAGUAGAUAGCAUUAUCAAAAUAUAGCAGGGAUUCAGAUAUUGGUCAGGUCUUUAUGUUGCACUUUCAUCGUUAUCUAUUACAAACUUCAAGAAGGUCGCUUUAAUGCAAAUUGUGUAAUUAUGAGGUUCACUUUAUAUUGGACGUAAACAUCAUUUUGAUGUUCUAUUUGCUUUACUAAUCAGCUUAAUCAUAAAGUUUCAGGUUGCAUGGUUCACAAAAGUAAAAAUUGAUAUUUUUUGUUGGUAUUUUCUUGUUGUUGUUGUUGUUUUGAAACUCGGAACUAAUCUUUUGUUCCCGUUUUGUUUUUAUUGACUUUUCAUCUUUCAUGUGAUAUACAGUUAAAAGUAUAAAAUCUACCGGUAUAUAUCUAGGUAUGAUGUGCCUUUUGGCCUACAAAUUUGUCACUCAAUGCCUUUUACUUCCUACUUACCCAUUUAAAGAGAAGGUUGAGUUCUGGGAAGAGGUGAAAAAUAAUUUGUGAGCGUUAUCAUUCUUAUUAUGCAAGUG